UUCAUUCAACUCAAACAGAUUUUGUAGAACAUGUUACCUUAAUCUGAAUUUGUGAUGGCUAAAAAUUAUUCGUAUUUUUAAUAACUGUCGCACAUGUAUACAUGUAUGCAUAUCUAUGCCGGUGUUUGUUGUUUUAUAAGUUUAUCAUUUAUUAAUGUUGAAAAAUCAGCGUAAAAAUGUAAAAAGUGUUCGCGAGUGUUGGAUAGCGAUAGUUUUUAUUAUUGGAACAUUGGAGGGUACUUUUAAUGAUGAUAUAGUGUAUGCGCCCGAAAUUGUACAGUGUGUAAUAAUGAAUCGUUUGGGAAGUGGAUGGCCAUGAAAAAAAUUACGACUCGGUAUCUACCUUUCACUUAUAACCAGGUGUAGAAUAAUUCCCCAAAAUGCCGAAAUCGAUGAACGUAAGGGUGACGACGAUGGACGCGGAGCUAGAAUUCGCGAUCCAGGCCACGACCACCGGCAAGCAGCUCUUCGACCAGGUGGUCAAGACCAUUGGAUUACGGGAGGUCUGGUUCUUUGGACUUCAGUAUACAGACUCAAAAGGCGACCUCACGUGGAUCAAACUUUACAAAAAGGUAAUGAACCAAGAUGUAAAAAAGGAGAAUCCACUUCAGUUCAAAUUUCGCGCCAAGUUUUAUCCUGAAGACGUCGCUGAAGAACUGAUCCAAGACAUCACUGUUAGACUAUUCUACCUCCAGGUUAAAAAUGCCAUUCUGUCCGAUGAAAUAUAUUGUCCUCCUGAAACUUCCGUCCUGUUAGCUUCAUACGCCGUUCAAGCUAGGCAUGGAGACUACAACAAAGCAUUACACGGACCCGGAUUCUUGUCCAACGAUAGAUUACUUCCUCAAAGAGUAUUAGAUCAGCAUAAGAUGACUAAGGAGGAAUGGGAGAAAAGCAUAGUGACUUGGUGGCACGAACAUCGCAGAAUGCUCCGUGAAGAUGCCAUGAUGGAGUACCUUAAGAUCGCCCAAGAUCUGGAAAUGUAUGGAGUUAACUAUUUCGAAAUUCGCAACAAGAAAGGUACCGAAUUGUACCUUGGAGUGGAUGCCUUAGGACUCAACAUUUACGAAAAAGAUGACAGACUUACUCCAAAGAUCGGGUUCCCCUGGUCGGAAAUUAGAAAUAUUUCUUUCAACGAUCGCAAGUUUAUAAUCAAACCAAUUGAUAAGAAGGCUCCCGAUUUCGUUUUCUUUGCCCCUCGAGUUCGCAUUAAUAAACGAAUUCUUGCCCUCUGCAUGGGCAAUCACGAAUUAUACAUGCGCAGACGCAAGCCUGAUACCAUCGACGUGCAACAAAUGAAGGCCCAAGCUCGUGAAGAAAAAUUAGCCAAACAGCAACAAAGGGAGAAGUUGCAACAAGAGAUAGCAGCCCGCGAACGUGCUGAAAAGAAACAGCAGGAAUAUGAAGAUAGGAUCAAGGCGAUGCAGGAGGAGAUGGAGCGAAGUCAAGCAAGUCUCAUGGAAGCGCAGGAGAUGAUUAAGAGACUAGAGGAGCAACUCAAGCAGCUGCAGGCUGCCAAGGAAGAUUUGGAGAAGAAGCAAAUGGAACUCCAAGCGAUGAUGGAACGGUUGGAGGAAAGCAAAAGUAUGGAGGCGGCCGAAAGGCAGAAGCUCGAAGAAGAGAUCAUGGCCAAGCAACAAGAAGUGUUGCGCAUCCAAAGGGAAGUUGAAGAAAAAGAUUCCGAAACGCGGCGUCUACAAGAAGAGGUUGAAGCCGCCAGACGUAAAGAGGAGGAACUGAAGGCACAACAAAUGGCAAACGCUACGAAGGGUCAUCUCCAGGAAGAGAACCACCACGACGAAGACGACGAGAUGGUUAACGGUGAUAUCAGCCGUGACCUAGACACCGAUGAAAACAUCGUUGACCCUAUCAACGAGAGGCGGACGUUGGCUGAACGUAACGAACGUCUUCAAGAUCAACUACUAGCAUUAAAACAAGACUUGGCACAGUCGCGAGAUGAGACUAAGGAAACUGCAAUGGAUAAGAUCCAUAGGGAAAAUGUUCGUCAAGGACGAGACAAGUACAAGACUCUUCGUGAAAUUCGUAAGGGUAACACGAAACGUCGCGUGGACCAGUUCGAGAAUAUGUAAAUUGAUAAGAAGGUGCAACGCAACAUCCCCCGCAUUCGCCCACACCAAGUAACAACCUUUCUCCCUCCUCAGUUUCUCCUUCCCCAUUCAUCAUUGCAACUGCAUACAGCAAGUAACUUCAGUCUUUAUUACUUUUCCUUUUUUAUUUUGUUUUAAUUACUAGUAUAAGAAUUUCUUUGAUCCUUUUCCAACGGUGACAGUAAUUGAUGUUACUGUUGUAAGUCCAAAAUAAACGGUAGCGUCUUUUUCAUAGAGUAUUUAGUAAGAAAAACUGAACGGGGCCUUAUUUUUCGAUCUAACAUCAACGCAAUUAUAUACGUGGAUGCAUAACAUAAAUAAUUAUUAGUUACUACUACUUACAUAAUAUGGUAGUGUUAUUACUUAAUUAAUAUAUAUACAAUCUCGAAAGCUUUGGUUUUUGAACGACGAUAAUGAUUAUAUAGGUGACGUUAGCGGUCGUUAUCAGGCAUUCCAUUUCCAUCUUAGCAAUUAUAUUAUUAACGGCUUGAUUCAUCAAUUAUGUUAUAUAUAUAUAUUCAUAUAUACUACAUAUACAUAUAUGUUGUAUUAUAAUUGAUAUUCGGCGUCAUCUUUUUUCCUGUUUUUUUUUUCGUGAUUUUCUUUUUGACAGCGUGUGCCAUUUUCGGAAUUGGGUACAAGUAGAAUGCGAGAACGGAAUUGCGCGUGCUCAAAGACUGUGUAAUACCCUCGAAGAGAGAAAUUUCAAAAAACUGAGAAAUGAGACAUUUAUCUAAAAGUUGUAUUAGAAAUUUAUCUUUCAGAGAAGCUAUCGAUAUUUUUGGUCAGACACUUUUAAAAUUAUUUUAUCAACUACUUAUUAUAAUGUUAACGUGAGUUUUAACGGUGUUUUAUAUUAAUUUUUGUAACUCUUGAUUUUAUGGUAAAAAUGAUAGAAGUACAAUGGUUCUCAUUUUUCGCUCAUUUUUGAAAUUUUAGUAUUCUAGGGCCGAAACUUUGACAUUCAUUAACAACUAAUUUUCAGUCAUCGUACACUCAAAAAUUUGCUCAUUCGAACUCGGUAGAUUUUUCUAUCAAAAG